AUGACUCGUAUACCAGAAACAAUAGAAUUCUAUAAUAGUACAAAAUUCGAUGUACAUGUAACCGAUCAAAUGGCCAGAAAAUACAGCACAAAAUCUAAAUCACGAAAAUAGUCUUUACAAAUAUUUUAAUAUUUUAAAUUUAGCCGGGAUAAAUUCUUGGACUUUGUACAAAGAAACGACGGGAGAAGAAAUUUCGAGGCAAGAAUUUUUAUUUCAAUUGGGAGAAGUGCUUGUCACAGAAUAUCAAAAAGAAGAACAAUUAGGAAAGGAUCAGCGAAAACAAUAA